UCCUCACAGGCUUACAUAGAGCAAUUUUUUGCAGUGAUUGUUAAAUUAUUUACCAUAGCUUUAGAGUUGCAAAAUUUUUGAUUAUGGAUGUGCAGUAAGAAGACUAAGUUUGUCAGAUACCGGUAACGAGGGAACAGUUAUACAAGCAAUCCCUAAUCUAUAAGAAUAUUACUGUCCAUUUAUAUUUUGUGUUAACUUGUUCUCAGUUGUAACAAAAAGCCCAAUAUGAGUUUUUCAAAAGCAAGAUUACGACGUUUUAAUGAAGAAAUCCCUCAAGUUCCAUCUCCGGGACGUUAUGACCCCAAACCAGAUGUCAAUGUCAAAGGGGCCAUCAUGCCAACCUCGAAGAGGUUCCCAGGGCAAUCAACAACUUCAUCCUCCCUAGACAACAUAGAAAAAGCAUCUACUGCCUCAUUGGGAGUUGUUUUCAGAACUCCUCAACUUAUGAGGAAAGUGCCACUGACUCCAAGACUCCAAUAUCUGAAGGAAAAAAACAUUGACACUUCUGGUUCAGAUAUUCUGUCUUCUGAAGAAAGAACAACAAUGAAAUAUUCUUUGAAAAAAACUGUUUCAAAAGCCGACUACAAGAGAUUAGAAGAUGAAUUCAAUACAUUGACUAUGAAGUACCACAAAAUGAUGAUGGAUAAAGACAUGGAAGUUAACAUCUUAAAAGAAGAAAUAAGCGAAAUUAAGAUUCACGAGGCAGAACUAAAAGAUUUCCUUGAAGAGAAAGUCCAACUGGCAGCUGAUAGGUUUAAAGAAACCUUGGAGUUAAAAGACAACCUGGAUACAAUGGUGGAAAAGAUAAGUGCUGACAGGGAGGAACACCAGAAGUUCAUCAAUGAUCUUAGGUCACAAAUAUCUGAACUGCAAAACAACAAGUACGAACUGGAAACUGUACUUGCAGAGAAACAAUCUAUUAUAGUAACCAUCAAUGAUAAAUACUCAGACUUGGAAAAUGAACUGAAAUCCCUUGAGGAAGAAAAUAUGAUACUCGAGCAGGCGAAUUCAUGUAUCUUAAUGGGAGCGGAUGAAAAACUUCAGCAACUAGAAAACGAAAUCACAUCGAAGCUACAAUCUAUUUCCAAAUCUCUUGAAGCUCAGAAUGAAGAAAGACAAAUUGCCUCCGUAACAAAAAUGAAUUAUGUUGUUCAUGAGUUUAAUAAAAAGUCAAAAGAAAUAAUUGAUCAAGUAAAGCAGUCUCAAGAAAAGGUAAAAGGGUUGGAAAGAUUGGUUGACAGAAAAGUAAAAGAAUUCUCAACAGAUAUUAAAGAAGCUGAUGAGAGGUGUAAAUAUUUGUACAGGGAAUUGUGUAAAGUAGAGGAACAUAGGGAAGAGCUGCUGGCUACAGAUCUAGAGAAGAAAAUUACUAUUAUUGAAAUUCAAGCAAAAUCAGACUUAUACCAAAGUGAAUUAAAAGAAUGUAGGAACACAUGUAGAAAGUAUCAAAUCACACUAAACACAAUGAAUCAGACAAUAACAGCUCUGAGCAACCGAUUGUUAGAGAGUGAACAGGAAGUAGAACGGUUGAACGGGGUUGUGAAUGAUCUGGAAUCGCAAAAUCAGCUUUUGGAGGAAAAGUCUCAGAUUCUAUCAGCUAAUAAUGUCGCUCUCAAAGAAAGUAUGGACAAAAUGGAGGAAGAAAUCAUACAAGAUGUUUCUGCUGCGAAAGAAUCCUUAGCAGAGAAAACAGAAAUUUUCAAACAAGCAGCUUUACAGAACGAGAAAUUACUUGAAAAUAAAAUCUCUGAAAAGCAGUGUGCGAUUAACUUGUUGCUACAAGAGAAUGAGUAUUUCAAAACGGAACUUGAAAGAAAAGAUGAGCUCAUUGAAGGGUUAAAAAAAACAGAACAAAAGUACCAAGAAAACAUUUGCAAGUUAAAAUCUGAGUGUUCCAAACUGGAGGAUGAAGUAAGAGAAAAAUUAAGUGAUAACAUCAAUAAGGCUGAAAAUAUAUUGGAACUAAAUCUAAGCUUGGAUAGUUUUAAAGAAGAAAUGGAAUUUCUGAAGACUAAAAUCUCUUGUUUGGAGGCUGAAAAGAAUAGUUUGCAAAAUGUUCUUGAAGAAAGCAAAUACAAGAUUAGUAAUUAUGAAGAUGUAAUGCAGGAAAAGCAAUUCAAAAUUAAUGCUUUAGAAGAUGAAGUUGUUAGCAAAGAUGCUCUUUGUCAAGACCUUUUCUCACAGCUCGACUCGUUAAGUUCGUCUUAUAAUAAACAGAAUGAGGAGAUGAAACGUAACGCCGAAGAAGCUAUGAAACUCGUGGUUGCAGAAGAUCAAAUUUCCGACUUGGAAAUGCAACUUAUAGAAAAGGAUAAAGAACUGGAACGUCUGAGAACCAACAACAUGGAAGUGACUCUACAUCUAGAUGAAGUUCAGACCCUCCGAGACCAAUUGGAAGAGCUACAACAAAAGUAUGAGGUGGUUGUAGAGGAGAGGGAUAGAAUAAAUCACGAGAUCGGCGAUCUGAUGGGUCACCAAAAUAUUCGACAGAAGAUCAAAAAGGUCUCAGAGCUCAAACAGUACAACAGCGAACUUGAAACUGAGUGUGAGUUAUUGAGGCGGGAAAAUCUUAAGCUGAAAACGAAGAUGGAGAGUUUAAAAAAGAAGACCGAGGACAAGGAAAAUCUCAGUAUAAUACAAAGAGACGACAAGCAGAAGUUGAGCAAGCCGGGAUCGACAAAAAAGAAGCCAAUGUCACCAAGUGUGUUGAAGCCUUCAAACUACUAAACCUGCCUCUAGGAGAAACUACCAAAAAUGGCACCUCUACAGAUUGGUUUUCCAAUCUUUUACUAGUCUGUUGUAAAAUUGUAUCUAAAACUAAAUUAUUGACUUUAUAUAGAAAAACCUUACUGGUUUUAAGUCUUCUCUUCACUUUUCGAUAAUUAAUUAUCUUUAGUUGUAUUAAAUCACUAAUAUAUUACUUUCAGACACUAUUAAUAUAGUAUUGUUCUUUUAAUCUUUUAUAAUGAAACUGCUGUUGUAAUUAAAAUGAAACGAUUGUUCAAUGUUUUACAGUUUCAGUAUUUUAUCUAGCAGAUGUAUUUAUCUAGGCCUAAUAACAAGUCUAGAGAAAGAUGCUAUAAAUUCUUGUUAAAUUUUAAAUUAUAUUAACUAACAGUAUCGUGAAAUAAGAAACUAAGUAGAAAUUGACAUUUCUUCACACUCUCUUAAAACUCUUUAAAAGUCCUAAAGUUAACAUAUUAUUAUUUGAUAGAUAACACUCUUGCAGAUGAAAUAGUAUUAUGUCUUAAGAAAUUAUUUCGUAUUGUUGUAUUUUUUCAGAUUUAUAUUGCUUUUAUUAUACGUAAAACCGCUUACACGUCUUAUGUUUGUUCCAGUUGGUUGUACUAUUGUUUGUUGCUCAUAUUUAUCUUUAGGUUUUUAUAUUUUGACAAAUGUUAAUCAUUUUUGUGUUUUCAAGUAUUAGGAUUAAGUAUUAGACCAGGGAUCUCCAAACAUUUUUACGUAAGCCACAUAGAAAAUUUUGGGAGGAAUGGCGGCAGGCCAACAAUAUUUUAGUGCAGAAGGAUUAUCCUCCAAUCCACAGUCAUUUUGUAUUUAAGAGCUUGGUUUUUUUGGAUUUUCUUAUUUUUACAUACCGUACUAUAUUUCCUCUCAUAUAACAUUUUGGCUAACAAACAUUUUUACUUUUUUGUACAAGUAAAGCUGUGUACAAAUAGAACAAACCGGAAAAACUUUUAGGAUGUGGCGUGCGGGCCAUUGGUUUUUAUAAUUCCUCUAGGUUUUAGCCCGAGAUUGUUUUCCACAUUACACCAGGCUAGGUCUCGAUGGGGUUGCAGCAUUAACACUUAGAUUAAAUCCAUUGUUCAUUGGUAGGAUUUGAAUCUGGGACCGAUGUCCCGUGCUCUACCACAACUAGACCAGCUCGCUCCCGGGCCAUAGGUUGGAGACCCCUGUAUUAGUCCAUCUUCAUUGUUUGAUGUAGAAUAUGGAUCCUGUCUGUUAUAUUUUCCAUUUCUGCAAUGAAUGGUUUUAACUUGCACACUAAUAUUUUUUUUUUUACAUUUUAUGUAAUUUUGUAUUUUAACUUUGGCUCUGAAGUCUUUGUAUUUUUUAUGAUCAAAUGUUGUAACACAAGUAAGGGCAGUUUUAGGUAAAGAUGGUAAGUUUGUAGGAUUUCAUAAAGAAUUGAAAAUAGCUAGGUAAAAAUUAUUUUGUUUAAAUUGCUAAAGCUUAUGAUACUCUAUUAUUCUAUAAUUCUAUAUUAUUUAUUUUAUUAUCAAAAUCCAAAUAGUGGCAAUAAUAUAAUAUUACAAGAAGACCCGAAAUACCCUUAUAAUACCACUUGGAAAUAUAAAACAAUCCGACAUAUUUGUGUGUGUUUUAAAGGUGACAACAGUUUCCGUGGCAGUUUAGUAUAGCUACAGAUGUUUUAUUUUUAUAAAUGGAUACAAUAUGUAUAUUUUUUUCUUGAAAAAAUGUGUAUGUCAACGUUAUGUUUGAUUGUGGAAUAACUAUUAAACUGCAUAACUUCUGUUGUAAUUUAUUGUUUUAACUAGGCUAUAUCACAUUUAAUAGCUUGUAAUUGUGUCCGUGUCUUAAAUAACAAGUGCCAUUAAUAAUGUGGAACUUGCGUUAAGCAUCUAUGAAAGAUAUGUAAAAAUUCUCUGAAGACUGAUUUACUGCUAUAGUUUAAGGCAGAAAUUAGAAUUUAUAUUCUUCUCUUUACUCCAGCUUUAAGCUAUUAAGUUAUAUAGAGUGCUUUAAUUAGUUAAGAUUUACCAUUCUCCCUGAAGGUGAUGUGAAAUUGUUAUUUAUAAGAGUGUUAUUCUGCUGUAAACACAUAUUUUGUGAACUGUUUUAUUUAUAUACCUACUUCAAAAAAAUGUAACUGCAAAAAUAAAAGUUUUCCAGGUUAAGAA